UUUUAUAUAUACAGGCUCAAAUGUUGUGUUUUGUCACAAUUCUAACCACAAACACAUGCGACCAUGCGAGGUGCCAUUUUCAUUUCAAAUACUUCUAUGCCUAUAUUGCUUCUUCUGGUAAACAGAAAUUAUGGCGACGUGUUAAAAUGGCUGAUCUGAACAAAGAGCUAAACGAAUAUCUGCUCAGCAGUAAGAAUGAGAAACAAUUUAAGCUCACCGUACCCUCGGUGACGAUACCGAAAGCGAAUAUUGGAAAAUGGUUUGGAAGAAGCGAAGAGGAAGAACCGGGAUGGAUCCAGGGAACCCAGAAGGAAUGUUGCCCUAGUAUGACACGAGUUCAAAGGCUGGUAGCAUUUGUCGUGUGCUUUGCUAUGGGCAUACUUUGCUUCUGCCUUUCAGCGAUCUAUGUCCCGGUCUUACUGUUGAAAGCGAGAAAGUUCGCUCUUUUGUACACCCUGGGAAGCGUUUUCUUUCUAUCAAGCUUUUGUUUCCUCUUGGGUCCGUUAAGUUACCUAAAAUCAUUGUUCACCGCUGAGAGAAGGUGUUUCACUAUGUCCUACUUUGCUACUUUGAUAGGAACACUUUAUUGCGCUCUCCAUUUACAAUCGACGCCGUUAACAGUACUGUGUGCUGUGUUACAAUUGAUAGCUAUGUUGUCGUUCUUGGUAAGUCACAUACCUGGUGGUACCAAGGGUCUGAUGUUCUUUACAAGAAUGUUUAAAUCUUCUGUAAAUUCUACAUUGCCUGUAUGAUAUUCCAUUUACUUAGGUAUUAAAUACGUGUAAAACGAAUACUGUACAUUUAAUUUUCAUGUUUUGUAUAACUCCAUGAAUAAAAUAGGCAAUGUUUGUAUUUAUACGAAGAUACGAUAAAGAUUUUCUUAUGUGAGUUCGAUAAGUAUUAAAGACUGACUCAUCUGUAUGUAAUAUACAUUUAUUUGUAUCUAAAGGCCAGUGAAUUAAAGCGUUUUUAUCGUGAGGAUUAAAAAUCAAAUGUUUUUAAAAUAAGCUAUAUGAAAUAUAUACAGUUUUUGUAUAUAAUGUAUUUAUAUGUAUAAAACAGUUUCUCUCAUUUCUGUAUACUCGUUCAUUACGACGCUAUACAGAUUCACAUUCAUUUAACGAGAUGAACGAUGUAUUUCCAUACUCAGUAUUUAUUAAUAAGGGAAAUAAAAAAAAAUUUCUGAUCGCAGAA